AUGCCUAGUUGCGGCAUAACCACCAUCGCUGAUUAUGCAUUUAGCAGUAAAGGAAAAUUGCUACGUCCACUUUUGGUGCUUUUGAUGGCGGCUUGUGCGAAUGCACACACUGACUACUCGGUUAUAAACCUAGAUAACAUACGUGCAAUCUCAUUGCGAACGGUUUGCAUAGGAAGGAGGGUUACAGAUGCUCAACACGCCGUGGCUGUUAUUACUGAAAUGAUUCACACGGCGAGUCUUGUACAUGACGAUCUCAUUGAUAAGGCUGAGACGCGUCGGAAGAUGAUGACAACUUACCGAAAAUUUGGAAGCAAGGAUGCUGUUCUUGUAGGCGACAUAAUUCUCUUGAAAGCUUCAGAGUUGCUUGCGAAGGUAGGGAAUGCAGAAGUUGUUUCUGUUCUUUCAACUGUUCUUGAUGAUUUGAUAAGAGGAGAAUUUAUGCAGUUAACUUCGAGUACUGAUGAAAAUUACCGCUUUCACUUAUACCACGAAAAGACGUACAAGAAAACUGCGAGUUUAAUUGCCAACAGCUGUAAGGCUGUUACGAUUCUUUCAGCGGCUGAUAGUGAGCUAUCAGAGUCUGCGUAUGCUUUCGGUCGAAAUUUAGGCAUGGCUUUUCAGUUGUUGGAUGAUAUUUUGGAUUUUGUGGGAAAGGAAGACAAAUUAGGAAAGCCAGCUGGUGGUUCUGAUUUGCAACUUGGACUGGCCACUGGUCCUGUACUCUUUGCUGCACAGCAGUUUCCUGAGCUUGAGAGGAUGCUUCACUCUGGCUUACAGACACCUGAGGAUCAGAAAAGGGCCCUAGAACUAGUCCAUGAGUCAAACGGCAUUGGCCAGACGCGAAUGCUGGCUGAAUUCCAUUUUCAGGAGGCGCAACGUCAGCUGGGCCAUUUCAAGGCUUCGGACGCUCACGAUUGCCUCCUCCAAGUCGCAGCAACCACUCUCCUGAGAAGUUUUUAG